AUGUUGCCAAACUACAGUGUCGCUCAGUUGUCGUCAAGGCCGUCGCGAUACUAUCACGGGCAUCGGACCGACAUUUGGUUCCCAGCACGCCUAAAAGCCGAGGCCGGGGCCGAGGCCGAGGAUGAUGUUGAUUCUGAAUCUUCACGGUCCCGAAGAGAUGAUUUCGAUGCAGGAUUCUCCUUGCUUCAUGUUCGAUUCGCCCCAGCCUUGAGCCUUGGUCACGGAGGCUGGUCCCCGCAAACGCUGGCGCCCCGCGCAGUCCUGCGAGUCAUGCCGCCUUCGAAUUCGAGAGGUGCGCCGCGACCGCAAUAUUCCGGGUGGUUCCUGCGCCCGUGCGCGGGCAACACUUUGGUCGCGAUCGGAGUCGCUCGACGGACCCUACAAAGUCACGGGAAAAUCGACUAUCAGCUCCCACCGAAAGCACCGAAGCGCAGCCACACCGUCGACGACGUGGAUACAAUCUACACGAACCUGGAAAAGAAACGCAUUCUACUGAACGUCAGGCGCCUGCAAGCAGCAUACGGGAAGACCAAGCUCAUCGGCCCAACUCACUGGAUUUACAAAGUAGACAAGGCCGCGGGAACUUUGACUGGCCGAGAGCCUGAUGCUGCUUCCAUGGAAUUGAAGUCGGACUUGACUGUUCUGAUCAAAGAAUGUAGAAGCCUUUGUAACUGUGUCAAGUCUCGAAAGGCUCUCGUUCACGAGGGCCCCAUUGUGGACAUACACACAACCUGA